GUGCCCUUUUGGAGGUCGUCAUUUCCGUACAACUGCUUACCAUAUGCUCGUCGAGGUGCUUCCCAAUCGCUGUUAGUUGAGGAUUGAAAGCCAUGACUCCGUAACUAGCAACCGGCCAGCACGCGUGACCAUAGUAGCAUCAUUCCGACUCUGUAAAUCUGACAAGACUUCCUCGUCACGACAUGGGCCGCGAGGAUCCUGUCCAGGUGGCCGUCGUCGGCACUGGCCUAGCCGGCCUCACUACCGCGUAUCUUCUACAAAACGACAAGCAGGGGCGAUAUGCUGUGACCCUUUUUGAACAGGCCGAAAGUCUGUCAUUCGAUUCAGCGUCCGUCGCCAUUCGAGAUGAAAACUCUGGCAAGGUCGAGCGCAUCGACCUCCCUAUGCGCGCCCUCGCUGGAGGUUAUUACGCCAACGUUAUGCGCAUGUAUGACCACUUGGGCAUCCCGUAUCAUCCCGUCCGGUUUCUCUUCUCAUUCGCCAAAGCUACAUUACCUGUGAAGGCUGAUGCAGCAUCACCCAAGAUGCCGGCAUCAGGAGGUUUUCAGAGCGCCGAUAGGGAUCCCGGGGAGUACUUUGUCCACGCGUCUAACCUGCACCGAAUCCCACCUUGGCCGGGCAAACGCGGAGUUCUCACACAUCUGUUUGAGAUCCUGUAUUUGGUUCUCUGCCAAUUUUGGUUCACGGUCGCGUGCUUCGUGAUCCGGCCCUCGUCCGGAGGCUCCAACGGGGACGAGACGUUUGGCGAGUAUUUGGAGAGAGUAUGGAUGCCGCGACGCUACAGCACGCAUUAUCUGCUCCCUCUCCUAAGCAGUGUCUCGACGUGCUCUCACGCGGAGCUCCUAGCGUUCCCUGCGAGCGAUGUAGUCAACUACAAGAAGCUUUCGCACGGCCAGCAGCACUACACGGUCUGCGGCGGCGUUCAUCAGGUCGAAGCCAGACUGGCAAGGGAGAUGAAGCAGGUUCGUCUAGGCGCAUGUGUCGCUGAGGUAGCACCGACAACGGACGGAAGAGUAAGGGUUCGCUGGCAGUCAACGAGCAACUCGGUCAGGCCAAUCGUGGAUGAAGUCUUUGAUCGGGUCAUCCUCGCUGUGUCACCGGAUGUGACUCGCAAGAUCUUCAUGCCCUUGCGCGAGGUUCUCGAACCGGUACCGACGAUUCGCGUGGAAAGUUCGGUGCUCCGUCCGACUGGUGCAUCAUCGAGCCAGUCGUUCACACUCGUGGAAGACGACGAAUGCCGGCCACUGACCUGCUCACACCAUUGUGGGAGUGUCACGCCGCCGCAGGUCAUUUGUCUGAGGAGUGACUUCACUCGAAAUGCGGCGAAGACGGAGGCAUUGCAUACAAUGCCAGGAGGAGCAGUCGUCAGCACUUGCCCGCUGGAUCCCCUGGCUGACGCGAAGAGAGUGCUCCAGACGGCGAGGUUCACAAGAACCCUGAGAACGACGAAGAGCAGAGCGAUCAUACGGGAAAUAAUGGACAGAAGGGCUCGCGACAAGAAGAGGGACUCGACUGUUGCGGCGAGGGACUGGGCCAAUGGCCAGGACAGUGUAUGGCUAGCUGGGGCAUGGUGCUGGGACGGAAUGGUUCUUCUUGAAGGGUGUCUCAUUUCGGCAAUGAGGGUCGCAGACGACUUUGGUGUAGAGGUUCCAUGGCAGACAUAAAGCGCAAGGGAACAAUGAGCACAGGGCGUGG